AUGACUGGCAAGAUCAAGGCAUUACAUUGGAAUCUUCAGAAUAAUUUUUUCAAAUUCACUCGUGGCCGCUUCCUUGUUGAUGCGGCAGAGAAUGCGCGAAAGCGAGAGAUCAGAUUUGACAUGAACAGCCUCGCGAGAGUCGCAGCGCAGUCGGUGGGAGCCGCGCGAUGCAUUGCUAUUAAAAAGUACCCUGACGGCAUGUUCAACAAAGCGUUCCUCAUUGAGGUCGCCACGAUGGACUUUGCUAGAAAAUUUCUUGAUACACCAGCGCCUCGGGUAUACACUUGGAACUCGCGAGCCAAUUCGAAUCCUGUUGGCGCGGAGUUUAUUAUUAUGGAAAAAAUUAAAGGCGUUCCGCUCUUCCAAGUCUGGAGCACGAUGACAUUACCACAGAAGCUUCAACUCAGCGUUUUAUUCUUGCAUUACGGCAGCUUGUAUUACACGGAGGACACGCAGCCACCAGCAGGCAACCACUUUGUCAAGGAUAGCCAGGCUGUGAGGAAUUCGGGAUUUGCCAUUAGCCCGGCUACAGGCCGGGACUGGUGUGAUGCAGGCCGAUCCGAUUUGGACUUUACAGGGGCUUCUCUAACGCAGUAUCUGCAAGCAGUCGGUACACGAGAGAUGAAGGCAAUCCAGUCUCUGGAACCUCCAAAAACAAUUGUCUUAUUCUGCGGCCCAAAGCUAUACCGGCCAGACACACAAAAGAAACUUACUGCUUUAGCAUGGUACCAACAUAUUGUUGAUGCUCUUAUCCCCAAAGAUGCAGCCAUCACCAGACCCUGCCUCUGGCAUAAUGAUCUGCACGAUGACAACGUCUUCUCCUGUCACAUCUCGCCCCUCUUUAACUACAACCCCGAUCCGGCCUUCCUCAACUGGGAUGGCCUCAAGCCCGAAACACUGGACCUGGCACCCCGGCCCGACCUCUUCAGGCUUUUGCCGGAAGAACGGUCAGCUGCUGUCCAGAAGUACGCCAUCCAGAACAUGUUCAUCGGAUGGCGGAAACUCAUGCAUGCCAAGAACCCUGACUUAUACCAGGUAGUCAAAUUCCAAAGGACGGCCGCGUACGGGCUGAUAUUUCUGGCCCACCAAAUGUUCAAGUACGGCGAGGCGCACUUCCAGUCGCUUCUGGUGGAUCUGCAAGAUACGUGGACGGACCUACCUGCUGUUGGUGACGGUAAUGCCCCGUUCUUGUUCGACUUUUCGGAAGCAGAGAUCGAGCGGAUCAAGAUGGAUAGCAAUGGUGCGGUGGCAGGGACCGAGCUGGUUGCUGAAUUCAAGGAGCGGAUGGGCGAUCUGUGGCCGGACGAGGGCUUCAUCGAGCACGAGCGAUACAAUGAUUGCAAAGCUGCUCUCGACGAAGUCAAAGGCUUGAUCCUGGAGCAGUUGGCUGAGACCGACGAGGAGAAGGCUGAGUAUGAGCGCUAUUGGCCGUUUGAAUGA